AUGAAAUCGAGGUAACUUUUCCUUAGCACUCUCCAACAUCACUUCCAAAACACAUUUUUUCCUUGGUUAAUUUUUGAAUUCCAUCCAAAUUAUCAUCAAAAUUAUGCAUGUUUAAUGGCAAGCACCAAUAAGGAUCUUAAGAAUGGCUGCUAAUCGGUGUUUCCGGCCAGUCACCCAUGUCAUCUUUGACUGCGACGGAACCUUGCUGGACACUGAAGCAUUGUAUCUUAAAGUCGUGGGUGACACCCUGGCUCCGUACGGAUUUAGUUACACUCCGGAGGACCAGGCUCGUUACAUGGGAAAACCUUCUGGGACGCUGGCCCAAGCUGUUGUGAAAGACUACAAGCUGCCCAUUUCGCCCGAGGAGUACCUCGAGGUAUUCAACGUAAAAGACCAAGAAUACAUGAAAAAUGUUCCGCUAAUGCCCGGAGUUAGGGACUUGGUUCUUCACUUCCACUCCUUCCGAGUACCGCUCGCCAUUGCCACCAGUUCCAAUAGGGAUAUAUUUGAUGUAAAGUUCGGACCGCACAAGGACAUAAGAAUGGCCUUCCAUCACAUCGUGUGUGGCGAUGAUCCGGACUUAUGUCCCGGCAGGGGAAAGCCAGCCCCCGAUAUCUACCUUCUGGCCGCCUCACGAUUCUCGCCUCCUGCAGAUCCCAAGCACUGCCUGGUGUUCGAGGACUCUCCGAGCGGCUUAAAAGCCGGACGUUCUGCCGGCAUGCAGGCUGUCUAUAUACCCGAGAGUGCCGUCACCAGGGCUAAGGGAGAGGAUCCUACGCUGGUGCUGGGUUCGAUGGUUGAGUUCGAGCCCGAGCUUUUUGGACUUCCUGCCUUCGACAGCACUUCCUUUUUUCAAUUUGGCUAACUAUAAAUUCAGUAUUUCAUUAAUUUUUGACCAUUUUUUAAGACAUUCCCAAGAAACAUUUGUAUAAAUAAUAAAAACCACCUCAAACUAAAACCAACCAUUUGCAAGUCUAUCCAACUGUUACCUUCAUCAAAGUAACCUUUCCUUAGCCUUCCCUUACUAGGAUAGUGAAACAUACAAAUUUUAUUCUUUUUAUUUUUCAAAUGCAUCGAAAUUACAAUGAAAAUUAAGAAGUGGUUCUGGUAGAGGCCUAUAGGAGUUAUAGGAAUGGCUUCCUGUCGGUGUUACUGCCCAGUCACCCAUGUCAUCUUUGACUGCGAUGGAACCUUAAUGAACACCGAGAGCCUGUAUAUGAAGAUUGCGAUCGAGACCUUGGCUCCUUUUGGUAAAACCUACACUUUGGAGGAUCAGGCACGAUACUUGGGAAAAUCGUCUUCUGUAGUUGCCAGGGAAAUUGUCGAAGAUUUUAAUCUUCCGAUCACGGCAGAGGAGUACCACAAGUCAUACAGACAAUCAAACUAUACAUACAUGAAAGAUGUUAAGCUUCUGCCUGGUGUUAAGGACUUCAUCCUCCACUUGCACGAAUUCCGAAUACCCAUCGCUAUUGCCACCGGCUCUAUCAGCGAAAUGAUCGCCCUAAAGUUUCAAUCCCACCCGGAUAUCAAAAAUGCCUUCCAUCACAUAGUGUGUGGCAAUGAUCCGGAGCUGGGGCCGGACAGAGGCAAGCCGGAGCCGGAUAUCUAUCUACUGGCGGCCUCCCGCUUCCACCCUCCAGCAGAUCCCAGGAAGUGUCUGGUUUUCGAGGAUUCGCCAGUUGGCUUAAGAUCCGGACAAGCAGCCGGCAUGCAGGUUGUGUUCAUACCCGAAAGUGAAAACUCCCGGGCAAGGGGAGAGGAUCCUACGAUGGUGCUGAGAUCCAUGACAGAGUUCCAGCCCGAACUUUUUGGACUGCCUGCUUAUCCCAACUGUUCCAAAUUUGAGUUCGGCUGACUAUUUUAGGCUUACGAUUAUGCAAAUUUCAAAUAUAGUUUUUUUCAGAAUA